ACUUAUAUGCUCUGUUAGAAGUGUUGACCUCUUAACGUGUACUACCUUGGACCUUCACGCGUUUCUUGACAAGUCGUAAAAGUGGGGAUCUUGCUGGUCUGUGAUUCACCACUUUAAUUAAAGGUCUUUGCUUCAUGAUCUUUGUGCUCAAGAUGAAGACAGUGGGACUAUGCGUAAUAUUGACAGGAUGUUUGAUCCUGGUCAAAGGACACAGUUAUCAUUUAGGAGCGUGUCCUGUGGUGGAACCGAUGCAGGGAUUUCAAAUGAACAAAUUUUUGGGUGUUUGGUACGUUAUCCAAAAGACAUCAACGGCCAGCAAGUGCAUUACCUAUAAUUAUACACGUGGAGAGGAGCCUGGGGAAUACGUGAUAACACAGGAUUCCGAUCAUCCUGUUAUAGGUCUUACGCCAUUGAAGCAUGAAUACCACUACACUGGGGAAUUGAGCGUCCCGGAGCCUAGUACACCAGGACGGAUGCAAGUACGCUUUCCUUUGAGUGUCGCUGGUAGCGCAUCCCACGUGGUCUUUGAAACGGAUUAUACCCACUAUGCUGCUGUCUUUUCGUGCCAAAAGUUGGCAUUCGCGCACCGACAGAGCGCUACUAUACUUUCAAGACAACGUGAUUUGGAUGCGGGAACUACUGAAAGACUACGUCAGAAAAUGAGUAACUAUGGAAUUGAUCCGUAUGAUCUGAGUAUCAUACCACAAACUGGAUGCCCAGUUGGAAAUAAUAGUUUGGAUAUCAAUAUCAAUCCUGGUACCUUUACUGCUGAGAAUUUUGGUAAUGUUGUGAGAAAGGCUGGUGAGAAAAUUGGAGAUGGCGUAGAGUGGGUUGCGCAUACCGGAAGCAAAGUGUACCACAAGCUUGCUGGAACUGAAGAGAAACCUAAGCCUGAAGGAAAUGGACGUAGGGGUGAGGUUGUCAGGGAUUCUGGAAAAAUUGAAACCAAUGAGGUCGAAUGGAUUCCGUAAAUUUAUUAAGACAAACAGGCUGCAAUUUUAAGAAUUAAAAUUCAGAUUUUUUGGGAAAUAAAUGUGAUUAUAUGUACGAUUAUGAAUAAUUUUUUUUUUAAUUCUCGAUUCGUAUUAGAUUUACAAAAUGGUCAAUAUGAUACUUCAAAAAUUAUUUUUAAACAACCGAAUUGUUAAAAUUCACGACCUUAGAUAUUUUUAUUCAAAAUGGCCUCGUGGAUGAGUUACCUGACACGUGCGAUGAUUCGUUCUCAUGAAAACGAUUCUUUCCGAAAUAAUUAUGAUGCUCUUAAAAGUUAAACUAUACCUAAGACAAACUUGUAAAUUAGAAUAAGAUAACUACUCUUAGACUAAGACAGCUUAGUAUACGUACUUUUAUUAGACAAAUUGUAUUACCUCACAUUUUUCAAAGACAAUAGUAAGAAUACGAGCUAAAAACAUCCAAUAGAUUUAAGUUGUUAAACUCAGGAGAUGAUCCACACUAAAAAAAGAUCAUCCCUCAAAGAUCCUAAGUCAUAAAUAAACGACAAGCCACUUCCAAAGAA